UUAAGUGUCUAUAAAAUACACAAUUAAACUAACUAUAAGGUAUUAGCAUCAGGCCUAGAAAAAAAUAUAAACACACAAAAAUGUCAAAGUUGCUGUGAAAUUUUAAACACUUUAUAAAUUGCUGAAUUAAAAUUCCAGUCUUUGUUGAGUAGUCUUUUGCCCUCUUUACUGCUUGUUUGCUGGGGUUGAUGAAAUGAAGAUGUUAAGCUUAGAGUUGUUGAUUGGCCAGGGGUUUUAGAAACCUCAGCUCGGGAGAGUGUCCUCAACUCAGGAACAUGUCCUCAACAGCAGGAAAGGUUCCGUCUGCAUGUGUGUCUGAUCGUGGGUAGAUCUUCACAUAUUGGCGAUGCGGUAUAGGUGCUUCCAUCAUUCCCAAUUUCAUUGUAUUCUAGUCACACACAUUACUGAAGAUAACUGGAUGUCAGAACUUCAAGCAAGCACUCCUUCUAAUAUGUGCCAAAAGAAUGAUUGUUCAGGUAAUUUGUACUGUUUGUUUCUUGGCAGUAAAUACAUUUCAUGUUAGAUCUUCUUUUGAUUUCCUGAAAGCAGAUGACAUGGGUGAGAUUAACCAGACACUUGUGUCAGAAUUUCUUCUUCUGGGUCUUUCUGGAUACCCAAAGAUUGAGAUUGUUUACUUUGCUCUCAUUCUAGUUAUGUACCUAGUGAUUCUAAUUGGCAAUGGUGUUCUAAUCAUAGCCAGCAUCUUUGAUUCUCAUCUUCACACACCCAUGUACUUCUUCCUGGGCAACCUCUCUUUCCUGGAUAUCUGCUAUACAUCCUCCUCUGUUCCCUCAACACUGGUGAGCUUAAUCUCAAAGAAAAGAAACAUUUCCUUCUCUGGAUGUGCAGUGCAGAUGUUCUUUGGGUUUGCAAUGGGGUCAACAGAAUGUCUGCUUCUUGGCAUGAUGGCAUUUGAUCGUUAUGUGGCCGUCUGCAACCCACUGAGAUACCCCAUCAUCCUGAGCAAGGUGGCGUAUGUAUUGAUGGCUUCUGUGUCCUGGCUGUCCGGUGGAAUCAAUUCAGCUGUGCAAACAUUACUUGCCAUGAGACUGCCUUUCUGUGGGAAUAAUAUUAUCAAUCAUUUUGCAUGUGAAAUAUUAGCUGUCCUCAAGCUAGCCUGUGCUGAUAUAUCCCUCAAUAUUAUCACCAUGGUGAUAUCAAAUAUGGCCUUCCUGGUUCUUCCACUGAUGGUCAUUUUUUUCUCCUAUAUGUUCAUCCUCUACACCAUCUUGCAAAUGAAUUCAGCCACAGGAAGACGCAAGGCAUUUUCCACGUGCUCAGCUCACCUGACUGUGGUGAUCAUAUUUUACGGUACCAUCUUCUUUAUGUAUGCGAAACCGGAGUCUCAAGACCUGAUUGGGGAAGAAAAAUUGCAAGCAUCAGACAAGCUCAUUUCUCUGUUUUAUGGGGUAGUGACGCCCAUGCUGAAUCCUCUAAUCUAUAGCUUGAGAAAUAAGGAUGUAAAAGCUGCUGUAAAAUAUUUGCUGAACAAAAAACCAAUUCACUAAUGAAACCAAGACAUGUAGGUCUUUGUUUAACAGUCACAAAGAUGGACUCUUAGGUAAAUCAGCCUGAACCCUUUUUGGAGAAACCAUCGUUAGAGAGACAGAUUUUUAUCCUUUGCCUUUACUAGCCCUGCUCCUCUAGAAUCACUGAUAACUAUAGUUUGCUACAAACUCCAGCAUGCCCUGAUCCACGUUUCACAAACAUAAUUAAUUCUCUUAGAGUCUCAUCCCUUGUGAUGUCUGAAAUGAGUGUUUCUGUGUAGAAACAUAGUGGAAAACAAUCACACUAAAGCUUUGGAAAUAGAGAGCAAUAGUACAAAAUCUGCAGUUCCGUAAACUACCUAGGUGAUAUUGGAUAGAUUAUUCUUUCUUUCUAAGACAUAGUUACCUUACUUGUAAUAAGGAAAUAAAAUAAUAAAAAAAUCCAGGUCCCAAUAUCAUUUAAUGUUUCAAUAAGUUGGAGG